GGAAGAGAGACUGCGGCGGGGGGCCCCGGCCGGGGGACAGACGCGGGAAAGUGCGGAUCGCAGAGGCACUUGCCCACCCCGCCCUAGGCCGACCCGGCGGACGCGGCGUCUGGUGCGCGGGCGCUGGGGAGGGUCCCAGGUCUCCCCGCUGUGCUGCCUGAGGCUCGGCAAUGGCCCAGCAGAGAGCCCUGCCCCAGAGCAAGGAGACGCUGCUGCAGUCCUACAACAAGCGGCUGAAGGACGACAUUAAGUCCAUCAUGGACAACUUCACCGAGAUCAUCAAGACCGCCAAGAUUGAGGACGAGACGCAGGUGUCACGGGCCACUCAGGGUGAACAGGACAAUUACGAGAUGCAUGUGCGAGCCGCCAACAUCGUCCGAGCUGGUGAGUCCCUGAUGAAGCUGGUGUCCGACCUCAAGCAGUUCCUGAUCCUCAAUGACUUCCCCUCCGUGAACGAGGCCAUCGACCAGCGCAACCAGCAGCUGCGCGCACUGCAGGAGGAGUGCGACCGGAAGCUCAUCACGCUGCGAGACGAGAUCUCCAUUGACCUCUACGAGCUGGAGGAGGAGUAUUACUCGUCCAGUUCCUCCAGCACCAUCCAUGUGCUUCAUCUUCUCAUGGGGGAGGCCGUCAUCUUUCCCGAUGUAUGAAUGAGGUGACGGCCCAGGAUCCAGCCUUGGGGACAGGUAAGAACACAGCUGACCCAUCACCACCUGAACAAGAGAACCCCACAGCCAAGCAGAAGGCACCAGACAGACAGGAGCUUGAGGCGCAGUCCUGGCUCUGGACCUGGCUUCUGGGGUGGCCUAGGGAAGUUGCUUCCCCUCUGAGGGAGAAUUUCCCCAUUGAUAUGUGUGGUGAUCUCUUCCUGCACUGUUUUAGCUGUGGAAAUGCCUUGUACUUAACCACUGAGGAAGAAAAAGAUUACAAACAGAUGGAAGCAUAUAUGAAGCGAAAGCCUGGAAGGAACUGGCCAGACUUUGUGGUGGGAUCCCACUUAUCCUGUUCCUAAAAACCUGAGCGAUAAGACCUGCCAUCAGCUUCAUUUUCUGCUUGGCCAGGACCAUCAUUCCCAUGUGAAAACCAAGUUAUUUUUCCUUCUUAAAGCCAAGCCGCUCUGCUGACCGCUUUUCCCCUCCAGCUUAUGGCCUUUGGCAGCUGAGCGCCACAGGGAAGCAGCUGAUAACCAUUUGCAGUUCUCUCUUGGGCCUACCUCAGACAGGUUUUGUCUCCAUGACUCUAGCAAAACUACACAUAUUAAGGUCACCAGUGGCUUCCACGUUGCUAAGCCCCGGCCCAUCCUCAGUCCAUGUCACUCUUUUAUCCCAAGCUUUUUAUUUUGAGGGCAGUUGAACUCAUGGAAGUACUUGUCAGUUUGCCUCUCUGAGCACAUUCUCCUUUGUCCAUCACCACAACCAGAAUGGAUGAUGAUUGCAUAUCCUCUAGUAUCUAGCUGUGUUCAGAUUUCUUCAGUUGUUCCCCAAAUAGUUUUUUUAAUGCCUUUUUUUUUUUCUUUCUGGUCCAGAAGUCUUUUUUUUUUUAACACCUAUGAUGCCAUGAAUUCAUAGGGAAGAGGUUCCAGCAGCUCAGGCUCCUUCCCAUUGGUUCUCACAGUGUGCUUCUCUGGGUGGAGCAGGCUGGCGCUUCAGUUGAAUCCAGGUACCUUUCUCUUUGGCUUCCCUCUUUUUCUGAUCAUUUUCCUUCACGCGUUUCAGGAAGCUAUCUCGGCUCUUAGAGUGCUUAGUGUGCUCAAUAUGCACAUUAAUUCUCUUGGCAAGAAUCUUGCCCUUAGUUGUUUACAACAGUGCCAACAGCAUGCUGGGGAACACUGUAGACUCUCCCAGUCUAGCCAUGGUGACACUUGUGGGGCAUUCCUUUUUGAACAGUAGCCAUUCCCUUGAUGUCUACAAUAUCACCUUUCUUAUCAAUUCGCAUAUAUGUGGCCAAAGGAACAACUGCAUGUUUUCUAAAAGGCCUAGAGAACAUAUAUCGAGUGCCUCUCCUCUUUCCCUUUGUGUUCGUCAUUUUCACGAAUUACUGGAAGAUGGCAGUUCCAGCUGAAAGGCUUUUAUGCCUAUUUUUAUUGUGUGUUGCAUUUGGUUGUAUUUUGGAGUCUUAAAAUCUAAAACAGGACCAGGUCAGGCCCGGUGGCUCAUGCUGUAAUCCCAGAACUUUUAGAAGCCAAAGCGGGUGGAUUACUUGUGGUCAGGAGUUUUGAUACCAGCCUGGGCAACAUGCUAAAACCCCGUCUCUACUAAAAAAUAUAGAAAUUAGCCAGGCGCGGUGGCUCAUGUCUGUAAUCCCAGCACUUUGGGAGGCCGAGGCGGCAGAUCACCUGAGGUCGCGAUUUCGAGACCAGCCUGACCAACAUGGAGAAAUGCUGUCUCUACUAAAAAUACAAAAAUUAGCCGGGCGUGGUGGCCCAUGCUUGUAAUCUCAGCUACUCGGUAGGCAGAGGCAGGAGAAUCGCUUGAACCCAGGAGGCGGAGGUUGCAGUGAGAGAUUGGGCCACUGCACUCCUGCCUGGGCAACAAGAGUGAAACUCCAUCUCAAAAAAAAAAAAAAAGAAAAAGAAAUUAGCCAGGCAUGGUGGCACACGCCUAUAGUCCCAGCUACUCAGGAGACUGAGGCAGAACCCAGGAAGUGGAGACUGCAGUCAGCUAAGAUGACACCACUGCACUCCAGCCUGGGAGAAAGAGUGAGACUCCCCAUUUCAAAAAAUAAGUAAAACAGGACCAAAGUGGUGGUGAGAUGGGAGUGGGUCCAGUCAGAUUCUGGAGGUGCUCUGAAGGCACAUCUGACAGGAUUUGCUGAACCAUUGGAUGUGGGGAAUAAGAAAGGAGUCAGUGUUUUCAAGGUCUGGCCCAAGCACCUGGAAGGAUGGAGCCGCUUUAACUGAAAAAAGGGUUGAGAGUGAGAGGAAGAGAUGGGGCUUGGGGGGUCAGAUGCCCAUUCUGAACUCAGUAGGUGAUGGUGUUAAGAUACCCAGCAGUUCAGGGGAGUCAUCAGCAGUGUCACGCCUAUCCUCCAUGAAACAUCACCUCUAGGCUGGUCUGAAUGGCAGUGGUAUGUCAGAACUAAUUAACCUUAGUGUCACUAUAGUUGGCAUUCAACCUCCACACUGCUAAAUUUGACUGCCUUUUUUAAAAGUGAAAAAAAUACAUAUUUCUUGAGACAUCCUGGCACUCCAGGCUAGAAUGCAGUGGCGUGAUCUUGGCUCACUGCCACCUCUGCCUCCCCGGUUCAAGCGAUCCUCUCUUCUCAGCCUCCUGAGUAGUUGGGACUACAGGGGCAGGCCACCACGCUUGGCUAAUUAAAAAUUUUUUUUUGUGGAAACAGGGUUUCACUGUGUUGCCCAGGCUGGUCUCAACUCUAGGGCUCAAGUGAUCCUCCCGCCUUGGCCUCCCAAAGUGCUGGGAUUACAGGCGUGAGCCACUGUGCCUGGCCAAAAAAAAAUUUUUAAGUCACUCAGAAGUUAGGGGAAGAAAGUUUAGUUCUGUUUCAAAUACAACAGUUCUUACUGUUUCUAAUAUAUAUAUUAGCAGCCACCUUUUCAAAUUGUAAUUUAAGACUCUUAGGUUCUCUCUUCUCUACCAACCGGGUGGCCCUGGAAGGGGCUCUGGGUCCUUAACUAGCCUGUAAUUUUUCCAGUGCAGGAACUGGGGUGUGGUGGUCCCAAGCCUCAGGCCAUGACGUCUCUUUUCUCCUGCCCCUAGUGAGUUAUUAUAAAGGCCACAUCUUGUGUUAAAAAUCGUAGUGUGGGCCGGGCACGGUGGUUCAUGCCUGCAAUCCCAGCACUAUGGGAGGCGGAGGUGGGCAGAUCACCUGAGGUCAGGAGUUCGAGACCAGCCUGGCCAACAUGGUGAAACCCCGUCUCUACUAAAAAUACAAAAAUUAGCUGGGCGUGGUGGUACACGUCUAUAAUCCCAGCUACUCGGGAGACUGAGGCAGGAGAAUUGCUUGAACCCGGGAGGCGGAGGUUGCAGUGAGCCAAGAUCUUGCCACUGCACUCCAGCCUGGGCGACAGAGCGAGACUCCGUCUCCGGGGUGGGGGAGGAAAUCGUAGUGUGUAAUUCUAUUUUUCAGAGCAAAAGCCACUCCCCAGGGGGGUCUUCCUUGAACAUGCCGGCUCCCUCCCGCCCAACACUUCUCCCUUUUCCCCUGGGCUUUCUUUGGCGCUCCCCUCACCUGACAGUCACACGCUUGCCAGGUUUAUCAGUCACUUCUACGGCAGACACUCGCCGAGAACACAUCUGUGUGUGUGACACACUGCUUGUGUCCCCUAGGACCGAACCUAGGGCCUGCCACGUGCCAGGCGCUCAGUCUGCGUCCGCCUGAGACCUGAGGCCCCCCCACCCCAAAGGGCGGAAUGAAUGUACUACUGGUCAUUCAUUCAUUUCGCCCCUACUUAUGGGCGCCUGCUGUGCCGGGGGUGGGGGUGAGGGGAGCGCAGGAACACGUGCGGGACCGGGGUGACAGAGGCACUGAGGACAGGCCUCGGAGGUCUGCUGCUGCACCCACUCCGGGCGGAGAUUGGCUGCCCACAGUGCUGUGCGCCCCGCCCCGCGCGCCGCUUCCGGCG